GCCGUCAAAGUGAAAUGAUAAAAACGCGAGUGAGUAAAAAGAAAAAGAAAAAGAAAGCAAAGCAAAGGGUUAACCGAGAGCGAGAGAGCACACACACAUCGUUGUUGGCGUGAGCAGAAAACCAUCUUCGUGCAAACUUCAAUUUCUUAAAUAAUGCUUUACAGAGGGUAACCCUAGUUAUAGCCAAACGAGAAACAAAUCUCACUAUAAGGUAAAAUGCUUUGAAUUUCUCACUUUAGAAAUUAAGAAGCCUCAAUUUGUUGCAGCAACGGGUUUCUUAUGAGAAUAUCUUAGGAAAUAUUAAUACUAUGUUUUGUGUUAAUCCUGUUUUCAUGAUGGGAACUUAUUACAAUAACCUCUUAUGCAACUUUUACUACCCAAAAAACUACUCAAUUACCAAUGAUACUGCCAAAUUUCAUCGGAUUCCGAACAGAAAAAACUUGUUAUGGAAAAAACCAAGUUAUUUUGAUUUCCAUAAGAGUGGUUUUGAUUCGGUAUUAGUUGGUGUCGGUAUGAAGGAAAUUGUUGAAGAGGCGAAUGAGGUGAUAGAAGGAAAUAACAAAAGAUUUAGGUGGGUUGAGAUACGAAAUGAUAUUACAGAAGAACAAAAGAAUGCCAUAGCUAAGCUCCCCUUCAAGAUGAUCAAGCGAUGUAAAGCCGUGAUGAGACAGAUUAUAUGUUUUUCGGCGGAAAAGGGUAAUUUAUGUGAUGUUUUGGGGGCUUGGGUGAAGAUUAUGAAGCCUACAAGAGCAGAUUGGCUUUCGGUUCUUAAAGAGUUGAAAAAUAUGGAUCAUCCUCUUCACCUUGAGGUGGCAGAGCAUGCUCUUUUAGAAGAAUCCUUUGAACCCAAUCUUCGUGAUUAUACCAAGUUAAUUCAUUAUUAUAGCAAGGAGAAUCAACUCGAAGCUGCUGAAAAUAUUUUCACAACCAUGAAGCAAAGGGGCUUCAUCUGUGAUCAAGUAAUUCUAACUACCAUGGUUCACAUGUACAGCAAGGCUGGCCAUCUUGACCGUGCCGAGGAAUAUUUUGAAGAGAUCAAAUUGCUUGGCGAACAGUUGGACAAAAGAUCAUACGGUUCAAUGAUCAUGGCCUACAUCAGAGCCGGAAUGCCUGAACAAGGAGAGAGUUUACUUGAAGAAAUGGAUGCACAAGAAAUAUAUGCAGGCAGUGAGGUUUACAAAGCAUUACUUAGAGCUUACUCGGGGAGUGGUAAUGCAGAAGGCGCGCAAAGGGUGUUUGAUGCGAUUCAGCUUGCCGGUAUCACCCCAGAUGAUAAGAUGUGUAGUCUUCUUAUUUAUGCUUAUGGUAUGGCGGGGCAAAGUCAAAAAGCUCAGAUUGCCUUUGAAAAUAUGAAAAAAGCAGGUAUUGAACCAACUGAUAAAUGCAUAUCUUUGGUACUUUUUGCUUAUGAGAAGGAAAACAUGUUAGAUACAGCAUUAGCGUUUCUGAUAGAUUUGGAGAGGGAUGGUAUCAUGGUUGGGGAAGAAACUUCCAGAAUACUGGCUGGGUGGUUCCGGAAACUCGGGGUGGUGGAAGAGGUGGAGCUUGUUUUAAGAGACUUUGCCACCAGUCAUCAAAUAAGCUAAUGUAGAAGUAUUGUAUUAUAAUUUAUUUGAAGGUUUGUCAGAGAAGUAUUCCUAAGGAAGCACUCUUGUUUUCAAUGUAAUGCAUCAACAAGAGUAAUAAUGAAAGAAAUUUGAGAAGUUCUCUA